CCACUAUUGAAUCGCUCUCACCCUCAGAAGGUUAUACAAAGCUUCCCUCUGGCCUCCUCCUCCUCCUCUAGAUGACCCCGGGAUGAUCCCCUCCUAUCUCUCCACUCCUGAAUUCGAGGAGGGGGUUCCUUGCCUCCUGCAAAGCCCUUUUCCCUGCAAGCUGUUCCUCCAGUUUCUGGCCAAAGGAGAGAGAUGUUCAGAGUCCAACCAAGAGCCUCACCCUCAAAAGGAUAUCUGGGCAUAAAAUCCAUAAAAAAUAAUAAAAAUCUGAGCUUCAGCCAAGCGAGAGAGGGCUGAGCUGGGUGGACUCGGCUUUGCAAGGGUUAAAGGGAAGCGAGCUGCCUUCCUAGAGAGGACAGGAAGCAAGGGGGAUUCCCAGGUCCUCCAAAGCCAAAGCCCCUCCCUCCCCAGUCCUCCUUUCCUGCUUUGGUGUCUCUCCUGCAAGGGCUGCAUCGCUGUCCCUUCACUCCUGGGAUGGUCGGGGUUUCCUAGCACCUCUCAUCAGCACAGGCAGAAAUUGGCAGAAGACAAAAGGCUUCCUUCCAGUCUCGCAGAGGCUUCCUGAGACCACAGAUGGAUGACCGAGACUCAGCUGGCCCUGGAGCAGGAAGAGGCCAUGCCAUCCAAACUGGGAGCAGUGGGGGAUUCUGGGAAAACUCUGUGCAGAAGAUGCUGGGUGAGGAGGACACCCUCCGCUCAGAGGGGCAGAGCCAGCAGUUGAGGCAGUUCUGCUGCCUGGAGGCCAAAGGACCGCGAGAGGUUUGCAACCAAAUCUACCACCUUGACCGUCAAUGGCUGAAGCCGGAAAGGCACACGAAAGCUGAGAUGCUGGACCUGGUGAUCUUGGAGCAGUUCCUGGCUGUCCUUCCCCCGGAGAUGGAGAGCUGGGUGAGGGAAUGCGGAGCGGAGACCAGUUCUCAGGCGGUGGCCCUGGCCGAAGGUUUCCUCCUGAGUCAGGCAGAGGAGAGAAAGCAGGAAAAUGAUCAUUUUGCAGAAAUGGACUUGGAUUCCUGUGAGGCAGAGAGGUCUCCGUUGGACACAAGACAGAGGCAGCUGGGUGACAGAAUGAUGCUGGCAAGACCUCCUGAUCCGUCUUUUCAUGGGGGCAGAAGGGAAGCAGCGGCUGUGGAACCAGAUCAGGGUCCAGUGUCCUUUGAAGAUGUCGCUGUUUGUUUCACAGACGAGGAGUGGGCGUUGCUGGAUCCUGACCAGAGAGCUCUGCAUAAGGACGUCAUGGAGGAGAAUCGUGGGAUCGUGGCCUCUCUUGCAUCAGACAGCAAAGAGAAAGAACAAAGAACAACAGUUCCACUUCAGGAACACAAUUUUGAUGAAUUGGAAAUCGAGAACAAGGGUGAAAAUGACAAAAUCCCCAGAGAGGAGAGGCCACGCAAAAAUUUGGAGUUUGAAGAGAGCGGCAGUCAGAGAUCCCAUUCCACUUCCCAACAAAGAAUUCUCGUUGGAAAGAAACCCUAUCAGUGCGUGGAAUGUGGGAAGAGCUUCAGUCAGAGCUCCUCUCUCACUUCCCAUCAAAGAAUUCAUACAGGGGAGAAACCGUAUCAGUGUGUGGAAUGUGGAAAGAGCUUCAUUCACAGCCACAGUCUCACUUUCCACCAAAGAAUUCAUACAGGAGAGAAACCCUAUCAGUGCGUGGAAUGUGGAAAAAGCUUCAGGAAGAGCUCUGAUCUCACUAAGCAUCAGAGAAUUCAUACAGGAGAGAAACCCUAUCUGUGCGUGGAAUGUGGAAAGAGCUUCAGUCAGGGCUCACAUCUCACUUCCCAUCAAAGAAUUCAUACAGGAGAGAAACCCUAUCAGUGCAUGGAAUGUGGAAAGAGCUUCAGUACGAGCUCCGAUCUCACUAAGCAUCAGAAAAUUCGUACAGGGGAGAAACGCUAUCAGUGUGUGGAAUGUGGAAAGAGCUUCAGUACAAGCUCCGAUCUCACUAAGCAUCAAAGAAUUCAUACAGGGGAUAAACCCUAUCAGUGUGUGGAAUGUGGAAAGAGCUUCAGUACGAGCUCCGAUCUCACUAAGCAUCAAAGAAUUCAUACAGGGGAGAAACCCUAUCCGUGCAUGGAAUGUGGAAAGAGCUUCAGUCAGAUUUCCUCUCUCAUUUCACAUCAGAGAAUUCAUACAGGGGAGAAACCCUAUCCAUGCGUAGAAUGUGGAAAGAGGUUCAGUACGAGUUCCGAUCUCACUAAGCAUCAAGUAAUUCAUACAGGGGAGAAACCCUAUCCGUGCAUGGAAUGUGGAAAAAGCUUCAGGAAGAGCUCCGAUCUCACUUCCCAUCAGAGAAUUCAUACAGGGGAGAAACCCUAUCCAUGCGUGGAAUGUGGAAAGAGCUUCAGGAAGAGCUCGUCUCUCACUUCCCAUCGGAGAAUUCAUACAGGGGAGAAACCCUAUCAGUGUGUGUAAUGUGGAAAGAGCUUCAGUACGAGCGCCUCUCUCACUUCCCAUCGGAGAAUUCAUACAGGGGAGAAACCCUAUCAGUGCGUGUAAUGUGGAAAGAGCUUCAGGAAGAGCUCCCAUCUCACUGAGCACCACA